AUGGGAAUGAACCGGUGCUUAUCAUCGUGGAAGAGUGUCGAUGGUCCUCCUACUGGAGAUCUUACUUAUGGGAUAGAGAAUAACGAAUACCCGGAAAUAGUGAUGCAGAAAGGAUCAAAGGAGCAUUAUCGGGCUAGACCAUGGAAUGGGCUUCGAUAUAGUGGGGCAUCCGAGCWGAAGACCAAUAUUAUUUUCAGUUUCAAUUUUACUUGGAAUAACGAGGAGGUUUCUUACACGUACCAUCUACUGAAUGACAAUUCAAUUAUUUCAAGGUUGGUCUUGAACCAAAGCACUGACAACGGUGGUGAGCUUCAAUGCUAUACAUGGAAUGCCAUGAGUCAUAAUUGGCAACUUUUCUUGUCGGUGCCGAGAGACUACUGUGACAGUUAUGGUCUUUGUGGUGCGUACAGUGAUUGUGACAUGAACGAAUCUCCGGUUUUCCAAUGUUUGAAAGGAUUUAAACCAAAAUCUCUAACUGAUUGGAACUUAAUGGAUUGGUUCGAGGGAUGUGUACACCAAGCAUCUCUGGAUUGCCAAAAGGGAGAAGGAUUUGUGAAGUUUACAAGGRUCAAAUUGCCGGAUACUAGGUAUACUUGGGUGGACAAGAACAUUAAUCUUAAAGAUUGUGAAGUAGAAUGCCUAAAGAACUGCUCUUGUACAACAUAUGCAAACUCUGAUAUUAGUGGAGGCAGUGGYURUGYURUUUGGUUUGGUGAUUUAAUCGAUAUUAGACGGUUUUCUAACAGUGGCAGUGGGUAA